AUGUCCCCUCACAACGACGCACCAUCUCCCGCCGGCAGCUUCACCCAAGGAUUUCACAACAUGUCAUUUAGACCAGUGGCUGGCUCUGGCCUCCGAAAUUCGAACAGCAAUGCCAAUAGCAUAUACUCCGAAUCAGCUUUGACCGGAUCGCAGUACAGUUCUUCCCAUAGCACCACUUCGCUGGAUACGGAAGACCAUGCCUCUCGCCCAUUGAAGCCAGGAGUCUAUGUCCCAACCAUCUGCUUCUUCGACCCCGUAACGGAAGACCUCGAUACCGCAACCAUUGCCAGCCAUGCAGUACGUCUUGCCAAAGCUGGCGUCACUGGCCUUACAACUCAAGGUUCCAACGGAGAAGCAGUCCAUCUCACCCACGAAGAACGUCAAACAGUCACUCAAGCCACCCGCACAGCACUUACUGGAGCCGGUUUCCCGCAAAUGCCCAUAUUGGUAGGCUGCGGUACCCAGUCCGUCCGCGAGACUAUCUCAUACUGCCGUGAAGCAUACGCAGCUGGGGGCGACUAUGCGCUUGUCCUGCCACCUUCCUACUACGCACCCCUCUUCUCACCAGCGGCUGCAACCGUAAUCGAAUUCUUCAACUCCGUCGCAGACCAGUCGCCGAUCCCGCUCGUCAUCUACAACUAUCCCGGAGCCGUCUCCGGCAUGGACCUUUCUUCCGACGUGAUCAUCCAACUCUCGGCACACCCGAACAUUGUGGGCGUGAAGCUCACAUGCGGAAAUACAGGAAAGCUGAACAGAAUUGUGGCAGCAACCAAGUCUGUGAAGCCGCACGGUCUUAGUGCGCCUCCUUUCUUGGUGUUGGGCGGUAGUGCAGACUUCACAAUGCAGAGCUUGAUUGGUGGCGGACAUGGCAUACUGGCAGGGCUGGCGAACAUUGCUCCCAAGUCAUGCGUUGAGAUCUUGAGGUUGUACAAGGAUGGCAAGAUUGCUGAGGCCCAGAAGCUGCAGGAGGUUGUUGCGCAGGGCGAUUGGGCGGCUAUUCAAGGAGGAAUUGUUAGCACCAAGGCGGGAAUGGAAAGCUGGCUCGGCUAUGGAGGAUAUGCACGCAGCCCCUUACCACGACCGACCAGCGACGAGAGCGCGAAAUGGAAGGAAGGCUUCAGGGAAUUAGUUGCGAUGGAGAAAACCCCUUUGACGGCACGUUACUUUAUGGCCUAUUAUAUUUUCAUUGACGAGGGCGUCCAGGCGACACUAUCGAAUUUCCUUGUCGGCGGCUAUCUGAAAACCAACAACUUCAUGCGAUGCUUUUUCAACAUAUUCCUUACAUACACCACCACAAAGUCUCGAGCUAGAUAA